AUGUCUUCGAUUUUGUUGAAAAUUUCCGCUUUACUUCUGAUUUUAUUGGCCACUUUGGAGCAAAGUUCCAGCGAUCAGACGCUUUGUGGCCCAACCAUAGAUAUGGUGCUUAGCACAGUGUGCGAAAAUGGCUUCAAUACUCGUUUCAAGAAGUCAAUGGAAUGGCGUGCUCAGGAGAACUCUGCUGCAGGCGAUGAAUUGCCUUUUGCUUAUGAAAGCACGCCUUUUUUGGCGAAGAUCCAUGGCGGUCAAGUGGAUACAGUAGCCAAAAGUCGUCGCCGUCGUCAGGGUGUUUACGAUGAAUGUUGCCGCAAGCCUUGCCGUAUGAGUGAAUUGAUUUCAUACUGCAAGUAA